AUGGCCUCCUCCAAGAUGUUGCGCGCCGCCGUCGUCGCGGCCGUCGCCGUGUCCUCCUUCGCCGGCGUCGCCUUCGCCGCCGACGCCCCCGCGCCGAGCCCCACCUCCGGCGCCGCGGCCGUCUCCUCGUCGCUCGUGGCCGCCGUCCUCUGCCCGGCCGUCGCGCUCCUCCUCGGCAACCUGCGCCACUGA